GCGUUAUAGUUCAGACCGUCAUCCGAGGAAGAAGACGAGGCUCUGCAGUUUUUCCCUAUAGGAGAGCUGAGCUUUCUAAUCCAUUUACUCAUCUUUAUUUAUUUUUCUUAUAAAUCUCCGUGACAGGGUUUCUACAGGGAGAAUGUCACGGCGUUGAGUUGAGAGUAAUCUCUGGUUAUGGUCGCUGUGUUUCAGGAACUUGUCUCUGCUUUAGAGAGGAAGGUGAGUUCAAUAAAAGCCUGAGAGCUGGAUCUCACAUCCCGGGUGGAUUAAGAGUGCUGUAGGAGAGGUAAAGAGGAGAAAAUGGCGUAUGAAGUGCGCUGGAUUUAUCUCAUCAUAACGAGUAUUUCCUAAAAUGGAAGCAGCAGAGGGCAGACCAGGCUCUCCUGGUCACACACAGUUUUGCAAAGACCUGCAGACAGAUGGUUCAAAAGAAGAUAUAUCAGGCUCCACCAUGGAGGAACAGAACGAAGGAUUGCUGAAGAUUAUAAAAGUGGAAAAAUCUGAAGAUGAAGGUUACCUCGGUCAAGGGACAUCCAGCUCUUUGGGGCAUGACAUCACUGAAGACCAACAGACGAAACAUGUUAAAGAAGAGCCUGAAAAUGAUGAUGAAUAUCUCUACUGUGAGGAUUGCAAGUCCUUCUACAUCAACAAGUGUGAGUUUCAUGGUCCAGCUGUUUUCAUUCCUGAUACCCCUGUUCCACUGGGGGUCACCGAUCGAGCCAGACUAACCCUUCCUCCUGGUCUGGAAGUUCGACAGUCUGAUAUUUCCUGUGCGGGCUUGGGCGUGUUUAAUAAGGGAGAUACUGUUCCAGUUGGUGUGUAUUUCGGGCCAUAUGAGGGUGAGCUGGUGGACAGAAAGGAAGCCAUGAACAGUGGCUACUCCUGGGUGAUUUACAGGAGCAGGCAGUGUAACGAAUAUAUAGAUGCCAAGAAGGAGAUCCAUGCUAACUGGAUGAGGUAUGUAAAUUGUGCUCGUAAAGGUGAAGAGCAGAAUCUUGUGGUGUUCCAGUACAGAGGAGGGAUUCACUACCGUUGCUGUCAGCCCAUCAAAUCAGGACAGGAGCUCUUGGUGUGGUAUGGAGAGGAGUACCCCAGAGAUCACGACCUUGAAUUCAACUGCCUCUGGAAUAAAAAGUCCUCCAUACAUGAACUGAAAGAUGGCCUGGCGCAAGUCUUCUCCUGUUCCUGGUGUCACCUUUCAUAUACGUCCCAAAUUUAUCUCCAGAAACACAUCCGAAGAAGCCACUGUAAGGAGGAUUUAAUAGAUUUUCCCACUCCAAUUCAGAAAACACUUUCUGGCUCUCUUCAAGAUCAAGAAGAAGCCCAUCACUGUCCAGACUGCGGGAAGAGUUUUACUCAGCCGGGUGAUUUCCAAACGCACCAGUGCUCCAACACGGAGGAAAACCUGUGUAAUAGCUCAUGGUGUGGAGAGAGUUUGACUCACCAGAAUGAUCACCAGCACAUUCCUGUAGGAGAAAAAAAUCUCCAUCAGUGCUCUGGCUGUGAGAAGAGUUUUGCUUUCCUUAGCACCUUACAAAUUCACCAGCUCCUUCACACUGGAGAGAAGCCGUAUCCUUGCUCACAGUGUGGCAAGAGGUUUAGACGACAGAGCAAUCUCCAAACACACCAGCGCAUUCACACGGGAGUCAAGCCCUAUCACUGUUCGCAGUGUAAGAAGAGUUUCAGACGGAAAAGCCAUCUGAAAACCCACCAGCGCGUUCACACUGGAGAGAAGCCGUAUCGCUGCUCGCAGUGCGGCAAGAGUUUCGCACACCAGAGUUCCCUCCAGACGCACCCCUGCGUCCACGAAAGAGAAAAGCCGUAUCGGUGCGCACAGUGUGGGAAGAGUUUUACUCAACAGAAUCAUCUCGAGGCACACGAGCGCAUCCACACUGGAGAAAAGCCGUACCGCUGUUUACAGUGUGGGAAGAGUUUUACCCGACAAAGUAAUCUCCAAGCACACAAGCGUAUUCACACCGGAGAAAAGCCGUACCAUUGCUCACAGUGCGGCAAGAGAUUUACCCGACAGGGGAACCUCCAGGCACACCAGCGCAUUCACACGGGAGACAAGCCGUAUCGCUGCUCGCAGUGUGGGAAGAGUUUUACCCGACAAAAUCAUCUCCAAACUCACCAGCUCAUCCACACCGGAGACAAGCUCUAUCAGUGCUCGGAAUGUGGGAAGAGUUUUACUUUUCAGCGCAGCCUCGAAAUACACCAGCGCACUCACACGGAAGAGAAGCCCUUUCGAUGCUUACAGUGCGGGAAGAGUUUCGCUCACCAGAGCAAUCUCUUACGGCACCAACACAUUCACACGGGAGAGAAGCCCUUUCAUUGCUCGGAGUGCGGCAAGAGUUUCACCUACCAGAGUAACUUACAGAUACACCAGCGCAUUCACACAGGAGAGAAGCCAUAUCACUGCUCGCAGUGCGGGAAGAGUUUUGCUCACCAUUGUGCUUUCCACGUGCACCAGCGUCUUCACACGGGGGAAAAGCCUUUCCAUUGCUUACAAUGUGGAAAGAAUUUUACUCAUCAGAGUCACCUCCGACAGCAUCAGCUCAUCCACACGGGAGAGAAGCCCUACUGCUGCUCACAGUGCGGGAAGAGUUUCAGACGCCAGAGUAACCUGCAUAUACACCAGCGCAUUCACACGGAGGAGAAGCCGCACUGCUGCCCGGAGUGCGGGAAACGCUUUACCCGAAAGAGCACCCUAAAAACGCACCGGCGCACUCACGGUGGCGAGAAGAUUUACAUCUGCUUACAGUGCGGGAAGAGCUUUCCUUAUGAGAGUCAUCUCCAAGUACACAAGCGCAUCCAUACUGGAGAGAAGCCCUAUCACUGCUCGCAGUGCGGGAAGAGCUUCGCUCACCAGAGUCAUCUCCAAGCUCACCAGCGCAUUCACGCCCAAGAGAAACCGCAUCAGUGCUUGCAGUGCGGCAAGAGCUUUAGCCGGAAAGGUACUCUGCAGCUACACCAGCGCAUUCACACGGGAGAAAAGCCCUUUCACUGCUCACAGUGCAGAAAGAGUUUCAGACGACAGAGCCAUCUGCAGAUACACCAGCGCAUUCACACGGGAGAGAAGCCGUAUCACUGCUUGCAGUGUGGGAGGAGAUUCCCACAUUCAAGUACACUCAAGACGCACAAGUGUGUGAACGUGGAGCCGUCAGUAACUGUGGUCGUGUGAACACCAGAUAACUUCCUGAGGUGGAGAAUAUCACCUGGGUUCCUGCGUGUGGGCUCGCAUAUCAAGAUCUUCACAAAGUGUUCUCCUUCACCGUUCUCUCCAUAGAACCUUUUGUCCACGCUUCUUCUGAAUCUGCAGUAGGUCUAAAACAGAGAGAACCCAAACAUUUAUCUCUUACUUGUAGAACCCCGGUUACUAGCAUUAUAUCUCACCUUUCCAAACCUCCAUGUAUGGAGAAUAUUACCUAGAUAAUAACACUGUUCAUGUCUUCAGAACCUGGCUAACUGUCUGAAAGGUGUGAGAGGUCAUGUGUAACAUGUAGAAGAACAUCCAGGCACUUUGUAAAGUGGAAUUUUUCCAUAAGGGCUGGAUAUUUGGUCAGCCUUUAGGCCUUAUCACCUCUAUCCAGUUCCUCAAGGUGCGUACUGUGUAAUAACAAGGAACACUAUGCAGUCUCAUCCUCUGUGUUCACUGUAAGGUCAAUCGAUUGGUUAACAAACUUAGAGAAUGUAGCACGGUCAGUUUCAGUGUUAGGGAGCUGGUCUCUGAGAUCGCCAUUAGACCAAGACCCUGGAUGCUCUUUCAUGAGCCAGUUAUUACAACUAUAAUGUAUGAUGCCUCUGAUUAUCAGAGCUUGACACGGAUGUUUAGGGUCUGGUCCACUGGGGCAGCCAAGUGCCUGCUCUGGACCUGAGAGUGGGUUUCUGUCUGUUUUAGAGUCCAACAUGUGGUCAGUGAACCGUAGAAAUGGGCUGGGACAACAUGAAGAUGUGACAUGGCAGGUUCUCUGUGGCUGAUUCCACAUUUCUGAAACCUAUACUUGUCAGAAGGCCCAAUGAGCAACAUGACAGGUUUCGAAGGGUUGAUUUGUUCCUGCGCCAAGGCUGUGCUACCCGUUUUAAAGGUGAUGAUGCACUUUGCACAAUAGUUGCACUAGCAGCUAGUCAAAAGGUCUCUGCUGCAGCCACGAAGCUGAGACCUCAUUGGUUGAAUGGAAUUGGAAUGAAAUCCAAGCAGUUAGACUCCAUCAAUCGUAGGUAUACUAGGUGUAUCAAACCUCCAUGGCAUGCACAGUGGUGAAGAGUGUGGUAUGAUGAGAGAGGACCAUGUGACCAUGCUAGCAGUACAUAUUCACAGGCCUGUGGGUCGAACCGUAGACAGAGUGAUGAAGGAAACCCCACCUGUGACACUUUAUAGAGUAGUGCGGUGAAUCGAACGAUCUUAGCACGUUAAAGAGGAAACCCAGCUCAAGCUAGCAGGCAAGUUGAUGAUGGAAGAUGAUAGGAGUCUAUAAAAAGCUCUACAAAGCAGAAGCACAGAAAUACACCCUACUGCUGGUGAAUUAUUGUAAAUACGAUGACCAGCAUCUUAGAAGAAACACAUAUUAGCCUUCGCAAUCCCUGCUUAUUAGCUUUCAUGCUAAAUGCAAUGUCCAAAUUGGCAGAAAAUUGGGUGAAAAUGUUAUACUUUUAAGUGAAUUAAUAUUUUAAUAAUAGAAAAUGGAAUAAUAAUUAAAUAAUACCACAUAACUAUUUUAAUUACGAACAUAUUUGAAUAUAUUUCAUCCUUAAUAUUGGCAUAGUUAAAUGACUGAAAAAUGACAAAACCUUAUUAUUUUUGAAUAAAUUAUUUUUAAACUAAGACACAUUUUUAAUCCCAAAGAUUUUAACAGCAUUGCAGUAUACUAAAGAUGGCUAUUGUGUUGGCCUGGCCUGGAGAGGCCAAAAAAAAAGGAGUUUGCAGGAGUUCUAGAUACGCUGUCAGUAAAAACAAGGCUGUUCAUUGUACUGGAGUUACAGUAUGUGUACAAACCGCUCUUGUUAAAAUGCAGUGAAACAUAUUCAUAGAGUAAACUGAAGAGAAUGACCGGUAGUGUUGUUCUUCUGGAGCUGUAGCCACUCUAAAGCAGCAACAAUCAGCACUGAAAUCGGUUUCAUCCAUCACUUCCUGGACACAAAGUCCAGAUAUAAACCGGACACAGCAGAACCUCAGCCUCAUGUACUUAUACAGAAACACUACUUCCUGAGUGCUCCUGUGUUUAAACUUGACUCUAAGAUGAAUUAAACCCUCAUAAUUCAGUUUAUACACACAUACACCAGAUCAGGUAUAACAUUAUGACCACUGUCAGGUGAAGUUAAUAAGACUGAUGAUCUCCUCAUCAUGGCACCUGUUAGUGGGUGGGAUAUAUUAGGCAGCAAGUCAACAUUUUGUCUUCAAAGUUGAUGUUAGAAGCAGGAAAAAUGGACAAGCGUAAGGAUUUGAGUGAGUUUGACCGAAAGGGCCAAAUUGUGAUGGCUAGACCACUGGAUCAGAACAUCUCCAAAACUGCAGCUCUUGUGGGGUGUUCCCGGUCUGCAGUGGUCAGUAUCUAUCAAAAGUGGUCCAAGGAAGGAACAGUGGUGAACCGGAGACAGGGUCAUGGCCAGUCAAGGCUCAUUGAUGCACGUGGGGAGAGAAGGCUGACCCAUGAUCUGAUCCAACAGACGAGCUACUGUUGAUCAAAUUGCUGAAGAAGUUAAUGCUGGUUCUGAUAGAAAGGGGUCAGAAUACACAGUGCAGGACAGGUCAGGGCUGUUUUGACAGGACCAACACAAUAGCAGGCAGGUGGUCAUAAUGUUAUGCCUGAUUGGGGAGGAAUCGCUUUCGACCAAUCAGAGCUAUUCAUUGCUUCAUACACGUAUAGGAAAAGUCUCACUGUUUUGUAGGACAACCUCCAGCACAAUUUUCCAACUUGCACACACACACUCACUGUGACCUACAGAUGUCAGUAUUUUACUUCUAUUCAGAGGAACACACUCGGCUUUGUGUGCUGCGCUGCCAUAAUGCUAGCUCAAUUAAAGAGUUUCUGUGUAAGCUGUGUGUCUGGUUUUCUUCUUCCAGCUUAAUAGUGUGUGUGUGUGUGUGUGUUAAUUGUAUUUUGUCGUGUGUGAGAGACGCUGUUCUUUAGUCUGUAUCGUGUGUGUGCUUAGUUUGCUUUGUAUAUAUUUUUUUGCAAUGUUUGCUGUUGAGAAUUAAAAGAUGCGUCAUAUUUUUUUACACCAUGUUAUUUUUUUGGCUCCAAUGACAUUUUCCAGGCGAAAUCACUCGGGGAGAUCGACCCAUGCUUAAUUUUCCUCAAGGGAAACUCCAGUAUGAACAGCACAGUUGUGUAUCUUCCACCAUCUUCCUUCCCCUGAGGACCACACCUCCUGAAGUUUGAGGGUGUGAUUGGGACAGAAAUCGUUUGUUUAUCUUUAACACUAUUUUCUCCCUAUUUACUCCCCCCCCCCACACACUCACACUUUUUUUUGCACCAGUGGUCAUUUUCAGAGUGUACCCUUUUGUUUUUACAGCAGCAGCAGGGACGAGUGUAUUUAAUACAGCAGCACAAAAUCACCACAUGGUGGCACUGAUUUACCCAGCCAUCCUACUGCGUCAAAAAAAUUAGGAACACAAUAAAAGUCUACAUUUACAGAAACAUUGUUUCAUAUAUUGUAUAUUAAUGUAUUCAUCAUGCCAAGCUUUGCAUAAAAUUGUAUACAAAAAAUCCGUUUAAGCAGCGAAGAUGCUGUAACCUUGGAAGAGAAAUCAUCAUUACAAUAGCCUUCCCUUCCCCCCAAACAGACGGAUAUAUAUUUGUGUCCAAUUGAAACCACUGCUUCUGAUACAGUUACCAUAGUGAUCAGGGCAGAAAAUAAUACUUUCCUUUCAGUAUCGUCGAGCGUGUGUUUAACUGAGAGUGACAGGGACUCGACAUUCCCGCAUGUCUUUAAUGAUGUUG